AUGUCGUUGGGGAGAACAGUUCAAAACCUUCCACACUUACUGUGUGGUAUUCUUCUAAUUUCUGUUGUAAACCCAACGCAGACUCUGGACUAUUCGAUUAAGGUUACGAAAUUUGUGUGCAUAGAUACACCGUACGCGAGAACUGAGUUGCAUUCCUGCAGAACUGUGGUGCGUCGUAACGAACCAACGCUUUUGGACCUGAAGCUCACCGUACCGGAAGUAGUCAAUUAUCUUAGGUUACACUACAAAUUGGAUUACAAGUUUAACUCCUAUCGGCCGUUCUUUUUUAAUCACGAUUUUGAGUUUUGUGAAUUUCUUAAACCAAAACUGAGAGACCCCGCGGCGAGCAUCGCUUACAAUAUACUUGUAGAAAAUUUUCCAAGCCUAAGGUCGCCGUGUCCACAUGGAAACCGCACUUAUGAGGUGAAACACUGGGUGGAUUCGAAAUAUCUUCCGAAAUCAGUCCCCGCUGGGGAAUAUCGAAUAACAACGACAUUGACGUUCAAAGACAACGUAACAGCGUUGAAGGUCCUCACAUAUCUCGCGGUCAGAAAGAAGGGUAUUUUCGAUUCGAUGAUCGAGUGGUGA